AUGGCGUCGGCUGCUGGCAACUCCUCGCAGGGCAACAACAUCAAAGUUGUUGCCCGGUUCCGACCACAGAACAAGGUCGAGAAUGCCAAUGGCGGCGAGCCCAUCGUCCGCUUCGAAGGCGACGACACCGUCUCCCUCAACUCCACCGAGACCACCGCACCUUUUACCUAUGACCGAGUCUUUGGCAUGUCCUCGCAGCAAGGCGAUAUUUUUGACUUCUCUAUCCGGAACACCGUCGAGGAUGUUAUGAAUGGCUACAAUGGUACUGUGUUCGCCUACGGCCAGACGGGUGCUGGCAAAUCGUACACCAUGAUGGGCGAGAUGGACGACCCGGUCAAGAAGGGUAUCAUCCCUAGAAUCGUCGAACAGAUCUUUGACGCCAUCAUGGUCCACGGCUCUGCCUCGAUCGAGUACACGGUUGGAAUCUCAUACCUCGAAAUUUAUAUGGAACGAAUACGAGACCUGCUGAACCCCAUCAACGACAAUCUUCCCAUUCACGAAGGCCCCAAAGGCCCCUACGUUAAAGGCCUGCGCGAGAUAUAUGUCGGCGAGGUCGCCGAAGUCUAUACCGCUAUGCAUUUGGGUCAACGAGCACGAGUUACUGCGUCCACAAAUAUGAACCUGGAGUCAUCCCGCUCCCAUUCCAUUUUCGUUGUUACUAUCAACCAGAAAGAUGUCAACACUGGCUCGCAAAAGAGUGGUAUGCUGUACCUCGUCGAUUUGGCCGGCUCAGAAAAGGUUGGCAAGACCGGCGCCACAGGACAAACGCUAGAAGAAGCCAAGAAAAUCAACAAGAGUCUGAGUGCACUCGGAAUGGUCAUCAAUGCUCUGACCGAUGGCAAAUCUAGUCACGUUCCCUAUCGAGACUCCAAGCUCACUCGCAUUCUGCAAGAAUCGUUGGGUGGUAACUCGAGGACCACAUUGAUCAUCAACUGCUCACCCUCCAGCUACAAUGAUGCCGAAACAGUCAGCACCCUACGCUUCGGCAUGCGCGCGAAGAGCAUCAAGAACAAGGCCAAGAUCAACGCCGAAUUGAGCCCGCAGGAACUGAAGCGACAACUCAAGAUCGCGCAGAACCAGGCCGUGACUUUCGAAAAGUACAUCACGUCGCUGGACGCCGAAGUUCAGCUCUGGCGGAAAGGCGAGAGUGUCCCACAGGACAAAUGGGUUGCUCCGCUCUCAGGAGCAAAGACUGAGGUCAAGCCAAGGACGGAAACCCCUUCACGGCAAGAUCAAUUGCGCGCCGAAACUCCUAGUCGACCUGAUUCCAGAACAGGCGAACGGUCUAGCACUCCUAGCAUUAUUCUCGAAAAAGAUGAGCGCGAAGAGUUUUUGCGCCGCGAAAACGAGCUCCAAGACCAGCUGACUGAAAAGGAAUCUCAAGCGGCUAGCCUCGAGCGCAGUCUUCAGGAAGCCCGAGAGGAGCUCAAGUCAUACAAGGAGGGUGCCCUGCGGACAACCAAAGAGAAUGAAACCAUGCAGGAUAAGCUCAACAAGACCCAGAUGGAGCUGCAAAAGCUGUCGUUCCAGAGCAAGGAGGAUGCUAUCACAAUGGACAGUUUCAAGGAAGCCAAUUCCGAGCUCGAGACCGAGCUUGUGUCCGUGAAACAGCAGCUUCUAGAUCUCAAGAUGAGCGCCAAAGAAACAACCGCCGCCCUCGACGAAAAGGACCGCAAGAAACAGGAGCGCAUGGCGAAGAUGCUUGCUGGCUUUGACCUCGGAUCUGUGGACGAUAGAACCACCGACCUGUUGCAGACACUCGAACAGCUCCGGACUCCCACUGAAAAUGGCGAGUCCAUCUCUGCCGAGGCUCUGGACACCCUUCGUGGCAAGAUUCUCGAAUCCCAAUCGACGCAAUUUGCCGCAGAGGAUGAUGGUCGGCUUGAACUCGAAGAGCGCCUGGCAGCUCUGCAAGAUGAGCAUGAGGCACUCCUGAGUCGCAAUCUCAACCCUGACGAUGUCGAGGAGAUCAAGCAGAAGCUCGAGGGUCUGUAUCAGGACCGCCGUGAUACACAGUCAGACAUCAUCCACGACCUCCGGGACGAACUCACCCACAAAACCGAGGAAAUUCACCGACUUCGGCAGUCAGUUGCGGAUCUUCAAAACCGUACUGGCGCCAACGGUGCCAACGGUGUUACCAACAAAACCCUUCAGCAACAGAUUGCUGACUUUGACCUGAUGAAGAAGAAUCUCAUGCGUGAUCUGCAAAACCGCUGCGAGCGCGUGGUCGAGCUCGAGAUCUCGCUUGACGAGACUCGGGAGCAGUACAACAAUGUGCUCCGAAGCAGUAACAACAGACAGCAACAGAAGAAGAUGGCUUUCCUCGAGCGCAACCUCGAGCAGUUGACAGUCGUGCAGAGACAGCUGGUCGAGCAAAAUACCAGCCUCAAGAAAGAAGUGGCCAUUGCGGAGAGGAAGCUAAUUGCCCGCAACGAUCGUAUCUUGAGCUUGGAGGGUCUACUGGCCGAGAGCCAAGAGAAGCUGACUGCGGCUAAUCACAGGCAUCAGCAACUGCAGGCGGUCAAAGAGCGACUCGAGGCUGCCAAAGUCUCGAGCCGCGGACCCAUGAACGGUGUAGGUAUGGCUCCGGGACCUGGCGCCAGCUGGAUGGCAAGCGCCGGUGCCAGAAUCGCGAAGCCACUCCGAGGCGGCGGCGCCGCUACCAGUCCCAACGAGAUCAACGGUGGCCCUUCGAUUCCCGUUCUGAAUAGCCUGGCGAGCAAUGAAGGAAGUGGAGGGAAGAGGUCAAGUUGGUUCUUCAACAAGGGCUGA